GAGGCUGCUCCCGCUGGCGCCCGCCCUCCCGGCGGCAGAACAGGGCCCGGCACCGGCGCGGCGGCGGCCGGCGAUGCGGUCGCCCAGCUGAAGGUGCGGCGCGGUCCGCUGCUCGUCCGCGGGGCUUGCCCGUCGCCGGGCCAUGUCCGUCCGCGGCGGCAACGCCCUGACGCCUUUUUCCAUCCAAGCCAUCCUCAACAAGAAGGAGGAGCGCGCCCGCCACGCGGCGGGGCGGCCGCCGCCUCCGGGAGCGGCCGGCGGCUGGCGGCUGUGCGGCGCCGCCGAGGACCCGCCGCUCCCCGCGCCCGCCGCCCGCGCCCCGGCCCUGCGAACGCCGGCGGGCUGGGACUCGGACUCCGCGCUCAGCGAGGACCCCGAGGGCGAGCGGCGCUCCGAGGAGGAGGGUGCCGGUGGCAGCGCCCGGCCCGCAGAAGCCACGGGCGGGGGGCGGCCGGCGGAGGAGGAGGCGCAGCCCCCGGAGGCGGCGGAGCGGGACACCGCCGGCCUCAGCGACAGCGAGAUGUCGGCCGCCGUCUCAGAUCGCAGCCCCCCGGACGAAGAGGACGGAGCGGGCAAGUGCGGGAAUCUGCUGCCGGGGGAGGAGGAGGCGGCGGCGGCUCCGAAACCGCGGAAGAAGCGCUCUCGCGCAGCCUUUUCCCACGCGCAGGUCUUCGAGCUGGAGCGGCGCUUCAACCACCAGCGCUACUUGUCGGGGCCCGAGCGGGCCGACCUGGCCGCCUCGCUGAAGCUCACCGAGACGCAGGUGAAGAUCUGGUUUCAGAACCGGCGAUACAAGACCAAGCGGCGGCAGAUGGCCGCCGACCUCCUGGCAGCCGCCCCCGCCGCCAAGAAGGUGGCCGUCAAGGUGCUGGUGCGCGACGACCAGAGACAGUACCACCCUGGCGAGGUGCUGCGGCCGCCCUCGCUGCUCUCCCUCCAGCCAUCCUACUACUACCCCUACUACUGCCUUCCCGGGUGGGCUCUGUCCACCUGCGCCGCAGCGGCCGGCACCCAGUGAGAGGCACACAUACACACCCCCCUGGCCCCGACACCCCCACCAUACACACUGGCAGCCAGGAAACCCAUCUUCCCUCUGCCACCCCCCCAUCCAUCAAUCCAUCCGUUCAGCUUCUCAAGUCCAGAGCC